UUCCUGGCAGCACAAAAAAAGUUCGAACAAAUUAAGAGUAGCAGCCACACAAGAACUAAGCCACUAGACAUCAUGUCAGCCAUAAAUAACUAUUCCACGUAAAUUUAAAACUAAAAACACAUUCAUACAUUUAUCACAAUUGUUAAAUGGAUCGUUCCCUCGCCCAGGUUUGUAGCGAAGCGUGGACAAUUAGAUGGUCAGAUACAAAGAGAAAAGCAGAUAACGUAAACGCCGACCGAGAUACCAUUUCUAAAAUCCAAUAUGUCAAUUCAGAGCGCGAACUAAUAUCACUAAAAAACCAAGAGGAUGAUCCAUCAUUGCGAAAGUACCUCGUCUUUGGGGUUCAAUGGAUUUCCCUAGUCACAGAAAACCUCAUAAGCCAUCCAUUUAUUGUAUUACGUCGGCAGUGCCAGGUUUAUAAUGCUUCAAAGCGCUUUCACUUGCAUCCACUAACGCUACUGCCAAGCAUUGUUCAUUUGCACAGACGGCAGGGGCUAACGACGCUUUGGAAGGGCCUGGGAAGCUGUCUCCUGGUUCGAGGCAUGAGCUUAGCCAUCGACGAUGUUAUCUCCAAACUUACCAGUUGGCCCAAAGACGUAAACAGUCGCACAACUCUUAAGCGCUUUGGACAACACGUUCUCCUUAAGUGCAUUAGCAUAGGACUGGUGGUUCCUUUCCAUGCUGCCUCUCUGGUGGAGACAGUACAAAGCGAUAUAGCGAGCGAAAAGCCUGGACUGUUUGAUGUUUUUCGUGAGGGCAGUCUUCGACUUUUCUUCUGGAGUUAUCCGCAAAAGGGUAGAAUGCUUCCUGCCUGGGCGUUGAUUGGACCAAGUGUAUCGUUGGGCGUCACAAAGUAUCUAUUCAAUUUAGUAAUACGUGGCGUGUCCUCCCGCAUAAUGCUGCGCCGACAAUCGCAUAUGCAAGAAAAUUGUGGCUCAAAGUCGCAUGGCAACGAUACGCUGGAGCAUCAAAAUUCGGAGAUCUAUGGAAAUCUUAUCGCCACGCUGACUACCGAAGUCAUAUUCUUUCCCUUCGAAACGAUUUUACAUAGACUCCAGCUGCAAGGCACGCGUACUAUAAUUGACAACCUGGACAAUGGCUACGCAGUGGUUCCUAUUCUGACAAACUAUCAAGGAGCUGUUGACUGCUAUCGUACAACUAUUAUUUCGGAAGGAUUUGCCGGACUAUACAAGGGCUUUGGGGCUAUGAUCCUGCAAUUUGCAGUACACAUUGCUGUAAUCAAGAUAGCCAAAUGGAUUGUCACCCAAAUCACAGAAGGGAUCUCAAAUCGACCACCACCAUGCAUUGUACAGUACUACAAUCUUGACUGUGUUGCUGGAAAGUCCAGUUCAACGACCAUAUCGUCCAGUAUUUCAAGUACAGAGGUGGACGCGCCGUGUGAAGAGAAUUCUUAGAAGUAGCUAUUGAAAAAACAGUUCUUUACAGAGUUAUCUAUGGAUAAUAAGAAUGUAUGAUAAUAUAGGUAUAUAUUUUAUCGUGAUAA